GUGAAGUGAUAAAAGUGAUUUUUUUUUGUGAAAAAAUGUAAAAUUUACAUAUUAAAUAGAAAAAAUUAUUAAAAAAUUGAUAAUAGAAGUAAAAAUUGGAAAAAAGUUUAUCAAAAAAUAUAAAUGUUUAAAAAUAAAGUUGUAGUUUUUGUAACAAAACAAGCAAACAAAAAUUUCUAGGUGGGGUCAAGUCACAGCCAGCAUAAAAUUGAGACUUCUGUGCCUUAGAUAAAAGUAUUUGUGUUUAACUGAUAAAAACAAUUUGAAGUAAAGUAUAUUCCACUAUCAGCAUGGCUAGACCCAUUUAUCCAAAUCAGCAAAAAAUUGCUGAAAAAUUAAUUAUACUUAAUGAUCGUGGCCUGGGUAUAUUGACGAGGGUCUACAACAUCAAAAAGGCCUGUGGUGAUACCAAAUCGAAACCUGGAUUCUUGUCCGAAAAGUCUUUAGAGUCAACCAUUAAAUUUAUUGUUAAGAGAUUUCCCAACACCGACGUAAAAGGCCUAAACGCUAUUGUAAAUAUAAAGGCAGAAAUCACAAAAUCAUUAUCUUUAUAUUAUCAUACUUUUGUGGAUUUGCUAGAUUUUAAAGAUAAUGUUUGUGAGCUGCUUACUACCAUGGAUGCUUGCCAAAUUCAUCUGGAUAUUACACUGAAUUUCGAAUUAACAAAACAUUAUUUAGACUUGGUGGUUACAUAUGUUUCUUUGAUGAUACUCUUGUCACGCGUUGAAGAUCGUAAAGCUGUUUUGGGUCUUUAUAAUGCAGCUUAUGAAUUGCAAAAUAGCCAGUCUGAUCCUGGCUUUCCUCGUCUGGGUCAAAUGAUUUUGGAUUAUGAAGUUCCCUUGAAAAAGUUAUCAGAGGAAUUUAUACCCCAUCAACGUCUAUUAACAAAUGCCUUGCGUUCUUUGACCACCAUUUAUCCACUGCGUAAUCUACCGGCAGACAAAUGGCGUGAAAUGCAAAAACUUAGUUUAGUUGGUAAUCCAGCUAUUCUCCUGAAGGCCGUACGUACUGAUACCAUGUCAUGUGAAUAUUUGUCUUUGGAAGCCAUGGAUCGUUGGAUCAUCUUCGGUCUUCUAUUAAAUCAUCCUAUGUUGACUCAGUAUCCAGAUGUUAAUAAAAUUUGGAUUUCUGCAUUGGAGUCUAGUUGGGUUGUAGCCUUGUUCCGUGAUGAGGUUUUGCAAAUACAUCAAUAUAUACAAACAUUUUUCGAUGGUAUUAAGGGCUAUAGUAAACGUAUAGCUGAGGUAAAAGAGGCCUAUACAAAUGCUGUUCAGAAAGCUGCACUCAUGCAUCGUGAACGUAGGAAGUUCUUGCGUACAGCUUUAAAAGAAUUGGCAUUAAUGAUGACCGAUCAACCGGGCUUAUUGGGUCCUAAAGCUAUUUUUAUAUUUAUUGGUUUGUGCUUAGCUAGAGAUGAGAUUUUGUGGUUGCUGAGACAUAAUGAUAAUCCUCCUUUGUUGAAAAAUAAAGGUAAAAGUAACGAAGAUCUUGUUGACCGUCAAUUACCAGAGCUAUUAUUCCAUAUGGAAGAAUUACGUGCUUUAGUACGUAAAUACAGUCAAGUGAUGCAACGUUAUUAUGUGCAAUAUCUUUCGGGAUUUGAUUCUACUGAUCUAAACAUACGCAUGCAAAGUUUACAAAUGUGUCCCGAAGAUGAGAGUGUUAUUUUCUCCUCACUUUACAAUACCGCAUCCAGUUUGACUGUAAAACAAGUUGAAGAAAAUGAACUUUUUGACUUUAGAGCAUUCCGUUUGGACUGGUUCCGUUUGCAGACAUAUAUGAGCGUAAGUAAAGCUGUUCUACGCAUACAAGAACAUAUUGAAUUGGCUCGCCUGUUAGACUCGAUGGUAUUUCAUACUCGAGUUGUAGACAAUUUGGAUGAAAUUCUAGUGGAGACAUCAGAUUUGAGUAUCUUUUGUUUCUACAGUAAAAUGUUUGAUGAUCAAUUUCACAUGUGUCUAGAAUUUCCAGCACAAAAUCGCUAUAUUAUUGCAUUUCCUCUAAUAUGUUCGCAUUUUCAAAAUUGUACCCAUGAAAUGUGCCCCGAGGAGAGACAUCAUAUACGUGAAAGAUCUUUGAGUGUGGUGAAUAUAUUUUUAGAAGAAAUGGCCAAGGAGGCAAAGAAUAUAAUAACCACAAUAUGCGACGAACAGUGUACAAUGGCUGAUGCUUUGUUGCCAAAACAUUGCGCUAAAAUCUUGUCGGUACAAUCGGCUCGUAAGAAAAAAGACAAAUCUAAAAAACAAUUUGAUGAUAUAAGAAAGCCUGGAGAUGAAUCGUACCGUAAGACACGUGAAGAUCUAACAACUAUGGAUAAACUGCACAUGGCUUUAACGGAAUUAUGUUUUGCCAUUAACUACUGUCCCACCGUUAAUGUAUGGGAAUUUGCUUUUGCACCACGCGAGUAUUUGUGCCAGAAUUUAGAACAUCGCUUUUCGCGAGAUUUAGUUGUAAUGGUCAUGUUUAAUCAGGAGACCAUGGAGAUUGCUAAACCCUCUGAGUUGUUAGCUUCAGUAAGAGCCUACAUGAAUGUUUUACAAACUGUGGAGAAUUAUGUUCACAUUGACAUGACACGUGUAUUCAACAAUUGUCUCUUGCAGCAGACUCAGGCUUUAGAUUCACACGGAGAGAAAACUAUAGCUGCUUUGUAUAAUACUUGGUACACCGAAGUUUUACUCAGACGUGUUUCAGCCGGUAAUAUUGUUUUUAGCAACAAUCAAAAAGCAUUUGUUCCCAUUUCACCUGAAGGUUGGGUUCCAUUCAACCCACAAGAAUUUUCCGAUCUUAAUGAAUUAAGAGCUUUAGCCGAAUUGGUGGGUCCCUAUGGCAUUAAGACGCUUAAUGAAACUUUAAUGUGGCAUAUUGCCAAUCAAGUGCAAGAGCUGAAGGCUUUAGUGGGAGUAAACAAAGAGGUAUUGAUUACCUUGCGUACAAGUUUCGAUAAACCCGAAGUAAUGAAAGAACAAUUUAAACGUUUACAAGAUGUAGAUCGUGUAUUACAAAGAAUGACUAUUAUUGGAGUCAUUUUGGGUUUUCGCAAUUUAGUACAUGAGGCUUUAGUGGAUGUGUUGGAAAAACGUAUACCUUUCCUGUUAAGUUCUGUGAAAGAUUUUCAAGAACACUUGCCGGGAGGUGAUCAAAUACGUGUUGCCUCUGAAAUGGCAGCAGCGGCUGGUCUUAUGUGUAAAGUGGAUCCCACAUUAGCGGCAACAUUGAAAACGAAAAAACCCGAAUUUGAUGAAGGAGAACAUCUCACAGCUUGCCUUUUAAUGGUGUUUGUAGCCGUUUCCAUACCCAAAUUGGCUAGAAAUGAAAAUUCAUUCUAUCGUGCCUCCAUCGAUGGUCAUUCCAAUAACACUCAUUGCAUGUCUGUGGCUAUAAAUAAUAUUUUUGGUGCACUCUUUACUAUCUGUGGACAAAAUGAUAUAGAGGAUCGUAUGAAAGAGUUUCUUGCUUUAGCUAGUUCUUCUCUUUUGAGAUUGGGUCAAGAAUCGGAUCGUGAGGCUACACGUAAUCGUGAAUCUAUAUAUUUGUUGUUGGAUGAAAUUGUUAAGCAAUCGCCUUUCUUAACAAUGGAUUUAUUGGAGUCAUGCUUUCCUUAUGUUUUAAUACGUAAUGCUUAUCAUGCUGUCUAUAAACAGGAACAGUUAUUGGGCCUUUAAGUUGAAUAUUGAAACGAAAUAGUAUUAAGAUUGCAGUACACAAGAAAACUAAAUAUGUAUCAAGUUUUUUAUAUGAUUUAAAUUUAAGAAUCACUAAAACA